AUGAACUUACUCUAUGAGUUCGAGAUGGCUUGCCAUGCCAUCUCCGUCAGCACGCGUCUAGCCCUCCCCGCAGCCUACAAAGUCCUACGCCAGGCAGCGAACGAGGAAAAAAUCGAUCAGCCCACGUACAGCCACAACUUCAAAUUGCGGAUCGAUAAUGACAGUUUACGCUAUGGCAAAGAAGAGCCAGGCCAGCUCUCGGAAACGUCAGUGAACACAUCAAUUCACUCUAGUGAGCACUAA